AUGUCCUCUUUGAAUUCCUUGGAGAAGAGCCAAGAAAGCGAUCGGCGACUUGAUGACGACACCAGCGUCGACGUACACAAGGGCUUCCAGAGCCAGAGACCAGCUCCUGUCGACAUUGAACCAGGUCUCUUCGUGGUUUCUUGGCUGAAAGAUCUGGUCGUUGUCACUCAGCGAAAGUGCUUUGUAGACAUCAACAUACUUAAGACAAAGAUCAUUCUUUAG